UCAAGUCGAGGCUUAUUCAAACUCCCGGCGCCAUUUUGUAAGCGUCGUAUCGUCUUCACAUGUAAAGCACUUUAUUCUGCACUUUUUUUACACAUAUUUCUCGAAAGUUAUGAGUUGAAUUCAUCGCAACAAGCUUAUAAGCAGUGGAAAGGCUUGUAAUGAGUAUUACAGAUGCUUUUCCGAUGAGAAAGAAGCGCUCUGUUGACAAGACUCCCAAUCGCUCGACAAGCCGGGGAAAGAACGUUCAGUGCACCCCAAGACGUGUUACUUCCAAUAACUCAUUUCUUGACCAUGGUCUCGAUAUCGUAUGGGAUAACAAUUCUCCUUCGCCUUCUAGCACGCUCAAUCUAGCAGGCAAAAGAAAGAAGCAUGCAGAAAGUGGCAGUAGUAGUAGUGGAGGGGAGAUCUCGGACUUGGUCAAGAGACUUGCUGACAAGACAGGACAGACUCCUGAGGGAAGCUCACUAUUGAAUUACUGGAUGCAGCGUGAGGCUGCCCAGCCUGAUGAUGAGCACAAGAAGGCAGCUGGGAGGGAUGGUAGGAGGAAGAGUGUUCAGACACCUGCUAGAAGACCAAGAAGAGGUUUGCACAGAGGCAAGAGGACAAGUGUCAAGCAGCUGACCAAGGAGCUGGAGAUGUUGGCCAGCCAGAUGCAGCCCGAUGCUACUGGAUUUGGAAUGGAUAUGGAACCUCCUAAGCCAAGUACUUCUUGCAGCUUCCCCAAAGUGCAUCGCAAACCACUGACGCCAUUGCCAAAUGGUACCACUACAUCAAUGGUCCCAGACAAAGGCAAAGACACAACUGGGGUUGUCAUAUCACCUGUUCUACUGCCCUCAGAUUCUGAUGGCUGCUUUUGGGAGGAGGAUCCAGAUGAUGACAUUUUACUUAGUCAAAUUGAUAUUUCUGGCAUGUGUGAAACUGAGACUCAAGUGUUUUCACACACACAAAUGCUUGAUAGUGGAGGGCAAAAGGAGGCUUCAGCCACAAACCUAAAAUCUGCGGGCAAGGGCGAGGAAAUGGUUGCAUUGGAUGAUAGCAUUGUCACUGAGUCUUGGGACUUCACAGAUGGUCUUGAAGAUGAGGAUAGCAUUCUGUUGAGUACUCUACAGGAGGUUGAACAGUCACAGACAGUCAAUAAUAUAAGGCAUAUUACUAACAAUGCUUCUUGGAAUAUACAUGCUUCCAAAAGCCAAAAGCUAGGUCAAAACAAUGGUAAACAAACUGACAAAACAGGUGCAAAACAUUAUGACACUACAAUACAUCCCCUGCAAACUAGCAGAUUUACUAAAGUUAGCAAGUAUUCAAAGGAAGAUAUAGAACGUAAAAGGGCUGAAGCCCUACAGAGAAGAAGAUUGAGAUUAGCAAAAUGAAUGACAUGGCAGGCCUUUUUUUUGGGGGGGGGGCAUAGAAAGACAAAAUCAAAAAAAAAUUGAGCUAUAACAAUGGGUUUAUGUUCAAAGUUUAUUUUAUGUUUUUCAUUAUAAAUAAAUCAAGAAGAGAUUUAUUUAGUCUUUUGCUUGUAUAAAUACUUACAACAAUACUAGAAUGGUUUUGGAAAACCUGUGAAAUACUAUUUAGUUUAUUUAGUACUAAUAUACUGUAGUGUCUUUGAUCUGGCUUAUUACACGUAUUACACAUUAACAAUUACAUUUUGUUGCACAGGAUUUUAAAAACCACUCUAUCACAUGAACAGUAAAAACCUGUGUAUAAGAACCUAGAGAUUAAGAAUAUACAGGCUAAAAUGUGUCAUUUUGAUAAGCACCCUUCUUAUAGAGACCUUAUCAGCCUAGUGGUUAAGAAUAGGUUUUUAUUUGAAAAACAAUUUGAAUAUAACAUAGGCUACAUGUUGUGCUCCGCAUUGAUUGUUACUGUUAAAGCAAACAUUCUAAAUAGAGACUGUUAUAAUUCAGCAUAGUACUGUAAGUAUAUAAGAAAUAAAUAAAAAAAAUGAAAGGUA